AUGACUGAACUUCUUCUUUUUGUGUUGUCUGUUGUUGCAGAAAAUUCUCCAGGAGUUACAGAAGUGAUGUUUGUAGAAAAGGAACCUGCGGAGCGCCACGCAAUCAUCUCCUGGGAACAGAAAAAUGCCUGUGUCCUACCAGAGGACUUAAAGAAUUUCUACCUCAUGACAGAUGGCUUCCGUAUGACCUGGAGUGUCAAGUUUGAUGAUAACCCCGUUUCCCUGGGCUGUAUGACGAUUAACAGUAUCUCCAAGCUGAACCGUCUUGGUGUUUCACCAGCAUACGCUUUGCCCAGUGCACCAACUCUCGCUGACCUGGAAGACACCGACGAGGAGGAAGGUGACAAGGAACAACCGAAGAGGCCUUACCUGGACUCACGCUGUCUGAUAUUUGAAUUAGACCCCUGUGCGGGGAAUGGGAAGGUCUGCCUUGUCUACAAGAACACCAAGCCUGUUGUCAGCCCCGAAUCAGAAAUCUGGUUCCUGGACCGAGCCCUUUACUGGCACUUCCUCACCAAAUCCUUCACCGCUUACUACCGACUUCUGAUCACCCAUCUGGGGCUCCCCCAGUGGCAGUACACCUUCACCAGCUAUGGCCUCAGCCCCCAGGCUAAGCAAUGGUUCAACAUGUACAAGCCCAUCACGGUCAACACGGAGCAGCUCUCAGAGGCAGCUGAUUUGUUUGUCAACAAGUUGGACCCAAAUAAGGUUUUUCGCAGCAAAACCAAAAUGCCCGUGGUCAAGAAGAGGUCACCGUCCCAACUGGCCACCUCCCAGAAGGGCCAGACAGCAGGAGGGUCCCCCCGGAACCCUUCGCAGGGUGGGAGCUUGUCAAGAAGGCGUGAAACCCAGCCUUGAUCUCCCUCUGGGCCCC